AAACAAGAGAAACACCUGCACCGAACUUGCGCGGAAAACUAUGUAGAAGCUGCGCGAGCAUGCAAUGUAGCUCGCAUUGUUGUCAUAUACAGCCGACGCGGAUACAUUCGUCCGAAAUCAUGAGUUUGGUGCGGCAAAAUUUUCACGCGGAUUGCGAAAACGCGAUCAACAAGCAAAUCAACUUGGAAUUAUACGCCAGUUACGUCUACCUGUCUAUGGCGUAUUACUUCGACAGAAGCGACGUAGCGUUAUCGGGUUUGUAUGAGUAUUUUAAGAAAGCGUCCGAAGAGGAACGCGUGCACGCGGACAAACUUCUGAUUUAUCAAAACAAACGAGGCGGUAAUCUGGAGUUUAUGGACAUUCAAGCGCCACCGAAAUCAAUCUGGAACAGUGCGAAAGAAGCAAUGACCGAGGCAUUAAAACUGGAGAGGAACGUAAAUCAAAAACUACUCGAGUUGCAUGAUAUCGCGACAACGCACAACGACGCAAACUUGAUGGAUUUUUUGGAGACCGAAUUCCUGCAGGAGCAAGUAGACGCCAUAAAAGAAAUCGCCGAUCACGUAACAAAUUUGGAGAGAGUUGGGGAAGGUCUCGGAGUCUUUAUCUUCGACAAGGAAUUAAACGAAAAGGACUUACAUAAUUAAAUAUGCCAACGUGUCUAACGUCUGUCAAUUUUAAAUUUACGAUGUUAGAUAAAUAUUACACAAUACAAAUGCUACUAUAUUGUAUAAUAUAAUGCGUUACAAAAAAAAUUAUUAUACAAUUACGCGAUGAGAAUUUACGAUGAUAAUAGACUAAUUAUAAGAAGCAGAUAUUUAGAUACAUUAAAUAAAUUUACAUUGUGAUGUUAAUAUAUAGCUACUACAGAGAGUCAAACUUCGAUAACUUGAAUCUCAAGGGAAGAGCUAAAAUCUUUGAGUUGUAGAGGUUUCGACUUAUCGAAGCAUUUCUUUUCUUUCCGCGGAGCGCAAGAAAGUGAAUAAAAUUUUUGUCUUAUAGAGGUUUUCGAGUUAUAGAGAUUCGAGUUAUCGAGGUGUUUGACUGUAUAUAAAUUAUAUAUUUUAUCUCCUGACUAUCCGUAUAUAAGUUAUAAUACCUACUGUUCAAUUAAAUAAAUUGUAGCAGCCAACUUUUUGAGAUAUAUUUCUAAAAUUUGCGAAUUAUAACAUUUAAUUGUACAUCAAUUUAAAUCAAAGAAAAUUAAGAGAAAAUAUGAUAUAUGAUUGACGUGUUAUGAUUACAAACAAUUACGAUUACAAUACAUGUUUUAUUCUCUGAUAUCCUAUUUUUUUUAAACAACAUAUGCACGUGAUAAUAAUUUUUUUAUAACUGCAUUACGUGAUUAUAGAAAGAUUACUUAUAAAAAUGCAACUAAAUAAAGAAUUUUAUAUCUCUCUUUCUUUUAUACACGCGCAACAAAAUCGCGCUCGAACGGCGCGAGGCACUUCUCUUCCUAUUUACGCAAAAUUGAAUACUGAGAAACGAUUAAAAAUAAUAGUUGUUGAAAUAUAAAUCAAAAAGAAAAAUGUUGCAAAAAGAAGUAAAUUCGAUUAUUACGCAUACACAAUACGAAUUAUACACACGAUACAUGUAUACAGUUUGUAUUGUACAAAUAAAAAAUGUAUACUUUUAUUUUUACAUCAAAAAUUCGUAAGUUUUUGUAACAAAUACAAA